AUGCCUCCUCUGAAUGAUUUUGAUGAUUAUGAUCGCUGCCUACAAGAAUUUACAGAUGAGUCGUUGUAUUGCUUUGUACGUGCCGAUGUUGAGGCCCAACCUAAUGCUGAAGCGUGGCAAGCAAUAAAAAAUGUUACACAGUACAGCAAGCAUCAUUUUGAUCAUGGCCAUUUAUAUUUUGGCAUCUGUGUAAAAUGGUGUCAAUCACAAAUUGAUGCCAUGCCCAAAAAUGAGACUGAUGACUUGUUUGAAGGAAUUCUUAACAAUAAUAAAGUUGUCAACACAUAUUUGAAUCUCUUCGAAUCCGAGGAGGGUAAUCGACAACUUUACAACAAACUAAUGAAUCAAUGUGUCAAUUUACGUUUAAAAAGAUACGAUUUGACAGCGUUAAGUGCUAUUGAAUAUUGUGAUAGUCGCAAUCAAAAUAAUAAUGAAAAGGCAUUUAGUCAUGAUCGCUGGAAUAUUGCAUUCUACAUUGUUAUUUGCACCCUUGUACUUCUGGUGACAUGCAGUAGUUUUUAUGAUUUAUAUUUGAAACAUAAAAAUAGAGAUAAAUUCCUUACCGAUGUGGAUCACUACAAGAAAUCGCCAGGUCAUGUAGUUCAAAAACUUGGUGUUGGCUUUUCCAUUGCUCGUAACUGGUAUCGGCUGAGUCAGGAACCUAAUGGAAAAAUUGGACGAGAUUUACGUUUCUUGGAUUGUAUGAAAUUUUUUGCCAUGUUUUUAGUGGUAUAUGCCCACACCAAUUGGAUUGCAUUUGAGAGUGCGCUUAGUGAUCCACAAGAUAUAGAGGAGCUGUUGCAUACAGUGGCCGGCAGUGUACUGGUCGGUGGUCUCUUAAUAGUUUUAGCCUUUUUUGUUAUAAGCGGAUUUCUAUUUGCCCUGAAUUGGUUAGCUGUGACCAGAGAUCGAAAGGAAAUGAGCGGCGUCGAAUAUUUGUUAACAUUUUUAAAAUUCAAUAUUUUUCGAUAUUUAAGGCUUACUAUUUUAUACGGAUUCUUUAUACUAUUAAGUGGUGUUUAUUUUCCCAAUGCCGGUGGUCCUAUAUAUCGCCAUCUUGUGGAACGUGAAACAUUGGCUUGUCGCAAAAAUUGGUGGACAAAUUUAUUAUAUGUAAAUAAUUACAUAAAGAGAGAUGAAAGGUGUAUGCUGCAAGGUUGGUACUUGGCUUCUGACACCCAAUCCUUUGUAUUCAGUUUACUUUUAUUAAUAUUGGCUCACAAAUUUCCUAAAUUACGAAACUGGAUAUUUGCUGUAACAAUAGCAGUUUUCGUGGCCAUUUCAGGUGUUCUGACUUACACAAAUAAAUUUCUGGCUUUAACUGUACCAGCACCACAAUCCCAACGUGAUUCGUUUAUGCACAAUAAGCAAUUUAAUGAAUCCUAUACACCAUUUCAUAUGAAUUUUGGAUCCUAUUUCUUUGGUGUUCUGGCGGCCUUAAUCUAUGACCAUAUCUCUUCGCGGGAUAUAAAACUAAGGCAAAAUAAAUAUUUCAAUAUAUUUUUCUUUGCUUUAAUACCGGCAGGAAUUUUUUGGAUGUUAUCAGGUCACUUAUUCUUCCAAUAUUACAAUGAUGAACGGACUCGUGUGCUGUCCAGUAUUUAUGCGGCAUUCCAUAGGAAUUUUUGGGGUCUUGGUACGGCUAUUUUUAUUAUUGGCAUGUCGGCAAAAUGUGGUUGGAUCUUUAGACGUUUUUGCUGCCUACCAGUGUUUCGCAUUUUAGGACGUUUAACAUAUGGUGCCUAUUUGAGUCAUGUACUAAUAGCCCGGGUAGUAAUUGGUACUAUACGUUAUCCAAUUUAUUUUGGAAGUGGUUUUAUGUUUAUGUUUCUUGUAUUCGAUAUGGUCUCUGCGUAUUUUGUGUCACUUAUUAUGGCUAUAGGAAUCGAAUUGCCAGUAACGUCGUAUUUAAAAAUGUUAAGAUAA